AUGGAGGUUACCUAUAAUAAUGAAGAUCUUGACCUAAGCCCAGAAAAUUUUAAGUUGCAGGCUGUCCAACACGUUAUCGUUAGAUAUGAAGACAACUAUUACCCAGAAAUGGUUUUAAAACAUGAUCUUGAAGGCGCUAAAAUUAAGACCAUGAUAAGUGCCGGAAUUGAGGCUUGGAAAUGGCCAAUAAAGAAGGAUGUGCUUUAUUAUUUUAAUGAGGAUAUUAUGUGUAUCAUCAACGAACCCCAGCCAAAAAAUAACAGAGUGGAAUUUGGUGCAAUUUAUAUUCCACCUGACCCCGAUGAGCUAACUGACAAAGAAAACUUUGACGACAAUCUGGCUACAAAUCAAGAUAAUCAAACAAAUGACAUUGCUGGUACCUUCGAGCUGCAACUAAAGGAAGCUGCUACUGAGUUAGAAGAAUGGGAUUCUUCGAAUGAUGAAUCCUUAGCCAAAAAGAAACAAGUUACGUUGGUUGAUAAUAAUGUGGACAAAGAUCCUCAAUAG